GUCAUCUCCUGCUGCCGCGUGACGUCACGGAUACCAGGAAGCUGCCGAUCCGCGCGCGCUCUCACUGAGAUCCGAGCUGACGCUUCUUCUGACGCUUCCUCAGCAGAAUUGGUCUGAUGGAGCAAAGGCACUCAGCGCAACUCGGUACAAAAAGACAACAAUGGGACCAUUAUGCAAACAUCAUGGAUUGUGCUGGAAGUGUGAUAUGGCACCAGAGAACUCAAAGAGGAGAGAAACCCUUCAAGUGCACUGUGUGUAAGAAGGCAUUUUCAUGGUCAUCAGUUCUUCAAAAACACCGGAGAACACACACGGGCGAGAAACCCUUCAGGUGUAGUGUGUGUGGGAAGGCAUAUUCAGAUUCAUCUGUUCUUAAAAGACACCAGAGAACACACACAGGAGAGACACCCUUCAGGUGUAGUGUGUGUGGCAAGACAUUUUCAUAUUCAUCUGCCCUUAAAAGACACCAGAGAACACACACGGGAGAGAAACCCUUCAGGUGCACUCUGUGCGGAAAGCCCUUUGCAGAGUCAUCACAUCUUAAAGAACACCAGAGAACACACACAGGAGAGAAACCUUUCAAGUGCACUGUCUGUGAGAAGGCAUUUGCACAGUCAUCACAUCUUAACAUACAUCAGAGAACACACACCGAAAAUAAACAUUUCAAGUGCACUGUGUGUGAGAAGGCAUUUGCUCAAUCAUCAGGUCUUCAGAUCCACCAGAGAACACACACAGGAGAGAAACCCUUCAAGUGCAGUGUAUGUGGGAAGGCAUUUGCACAGUCACCACAUCUUCAUAGACACCAGAGAACACACAGGCAUCAGAAGAUCCCCAAGGAGUGUAGUCUGAAAUCGACUUGUGAAAGUCAAAGUACUGCAAUGAGCCCAUCCCUCCUGAAAAAAGAACCAGAAGUGAAUUCCAGCUUGGAGACUAUGAAAUGUAUCAAGGUGGAUUUUGAAGAGGCGACAGUGAAGAGCGAAGAAGUGAAGGUGAAAUGUGAAGAUGAAGAUUCAACUCUAAAAUCGGACCUUCACAUCGAUGGAGGCAACGUGAAGCAGGAGGAGAAUUCUGACUGUGAGGCAGAGCGAAGCAACUCCCAGCAGUUUGUGGAAGUGGAGGUGUGGGUAGACUUCUUAGACAAUACAAAGCCAAAUAGAGACCCUCUAGAUGUGUAAGCUUGAGACAAUGAAGCUCCAUUAGAUUUGCCUUUGUCAAAGGCCUUUAAUGAAAGAAUGUGAAGUUGAACAGCCAAUUCCUAGGUUCAACUUGCAGAGUAAGAGCGGCCAGUAUUUGCGGACCUGUGGGUUGGGUAGAUCUGUAACUAGGAGCGAGAGCCAAAAAGCUCCCAACCAUUCACUAUGUUAUAAUAAUAUUAGCAUUCAUAUGGUGCUUGCUUAAUCGCCUCAGCAACUCGGAGUUUUGUAUCAUAUCUCAUCACAAACACUCGAAGAGCACGCCUUUUGGCAUCCUCUGGUCUAACACGGUUUGAUACUAGUAUUGAAAGAAAGCUGUCUCUGGUGUGGACCAAUCAGUUUCAAAGACAAUGCAUAUAUUAUCAGUGUUUUUUGUUUGCAUUCUGACCCCAAGUAUUGUGGUUGAUGCAGACAAGAUUCCUUGUAAAAGGUUCAGUUUGGUGUUUUAACAUCUCAACACCUGAUUUGUUGCCAUAAAAAAGGGGACAACCUAUUCUCACUCGAAGAGCAUGUUGUAUAUAUGCCUUGUGCAUUGUUAGGGGCAACCACGGGUCAGCUGUAUCGCGCAUGUGCAGAUGUGUGCUUUGGCGCGCUCAGCAUAGUAAUAUAAUAAUUAAUUGUACUAAAUUGUUAUAUCAUGGGACCUCCUUCGCCUUUUGGCGUCCUCUGGUCUAACACUGAGACUAGGCUCGAAAGAAAGCUGUCUCUGGUGUGGACCAAUCAGUUUCAAAGACAACGCACAUUAUCAGAGUAUGUUUUUUGUUUGCAUUCUGACCACAAGUAUUGUGGUUAAUGCAGACAUGAUUCUUCAAAAGAUUUCAGUUUCGUGUUUUAACAUCUCAACACCUGUUUCCAGAAAAAAGGAGAAAACCUAUUCUCACUCGAAGAGCAUGUUGUGUCUAUGCCUUUUCCAAAAAUGUAUAUUAAGAGUGAUUCAGCCUAUUUUUUUGUAAUAAUUUUGAUCGGGAUGUAGCGCUGCUGCCUCCUGCCUUGCCACACAAAAGACAGCUGGAGGAUAAUUACUCACAAGCCCGUUUGGGAAGUCAUAAAAUGUAAUAAAAAACGGCAAACUCAAGGGGGGCUAAUGAGAUUCUGCUGGAAAUCCCCAGUUGACUUCAAGAGAAGGCUGCCAUAAAGGAAACGAUGGACAAUAAAACAAACACAAGACGGAAACAGCAGGGGUCACCAACCUCCCUUGGACAGCAAAAUCCACCAAGGGCAGUUAAUCAUUAUGAGCUGUUGGGUUUUAAAAAUACAACAGUAAAGUUCGAAGCUUAGCUCUAGCUUUAACCUCAGGAUAUAAAAAUAUAAUUUGAGAAUAAUAAGCACGGUUCUCUGGUGAUACAGACUGGGAAAAGUUUAAUAAAAUCCUCGGAAAAUCUUUGGUAACAACUAUGGUUGUCCACAAAUCUUGGUUACACAUGAACCAAAUAGUAAUUAUGAACGUAUUAGACCUCGAGUCAUUCAAAAGAGAUACAAAACUGCGGAAAGUGGUACGGUACCAAUCUGUAAGAGGUGUAAAAUAUAUUGUGUUUACUUCCAACCCUUGAUGAGAAGACGGAAUACAUGGCGACAGCAAGCACACCCGUGCACAAUAGGUCACGACUUCAAACGCCACAGCGCCCCUUUGAGAGAGACUGCAAGUCUGAUGCGAAAAAAAUUUAACACUUCCAACCCGUGGUGGGACCGUGGGGAACGCUGCCCAAAACUUGCACAGAAACGUGGCGGUAAUGAAGACAUCCAGACAACAAACAGCUCACGCGACUUCAAAAGGAAAACAGCUGCCCCUUUGUGAGAAGAAAAAGCCCGAGGUGGAAAAAUUCAGAUAUUAGCAAGAACAGAAAUCAGUACUUCUCAAAGAAUCGGCCAACUGCAACUGUGGAGAAGUCCAAACCAUUAAGCACAUCACCUAUGAAUGCUCCAUCCAUGCACAUCUUGGCGGUCUGGAUGAGGAACCUUUGUGUAGUGACAUCGGGGAUGUCACUGUGCGAUGUCCUUACAUCGCGGACAGCACUGGGAGGGUUUGCUGUGUGAUGCCAGGUCUAGCACAGCACAGCGUGCGAUGCACCAUCAUCGCGUACACCCCGUAGGCGGGUGUAGUACCAGCCCUAUGGGGCUUGGUGUGCGCUGGGAUAGCGCGGGCACCACGCAGAGCGUGUAGUGCGGGUCCCCACAAGGGGGAGUGGGAGAGUGUCAGCCCAGGGGCAGGGUUGCCCUGGGCCAUGGCACUCUGGUUGACCCCGUAGGCACGUGAUCCGGUGUGUCCAUAGAGGCCCCCAGGUGGGGGGGGCUAGGGGGUGAUCACGUGUCUGGGGAGAGCUCUCGAGGGGGAUCGAUAGGGCACUAGAACGCUCGAGAAGGCAGGCGAGGCCGAGGACGGAGCUGGCCCUGACCCGGGAGGAUAUAAGGUGGGACUCUGAAAGGGACCUGGGUCGCUACAUUCUACAUGCUGCAACAUCCACGUCCUACAAGCUGGAAGCUCUACGUGGUCGGGACCCGAGUGAGGGUCAGACCCUUUGUAGUUGUAACUCCUGCGUAUAGGGUAGUUAGCUGGGUGGUCACCACCCGAGGUGUAUCUGGUAAAGGGGCAGUUACCCCUUUUGUGUUACGUGUUGAUGUUACAAUAAAUGUGUUGCCUCUAAAGAACAACAUCUGCGACUCAGUUGGACUCACUAGAUUUGCAUUCCUUUAUGACGAUCAUUAAAAAGAAAAACUUGCUUUUCACAAUGCCACACAAAAGAAGAAGUACUGUGAGUCAGGCUCCAGGGAUUGCCCUCAUGACUGGCAAAUUGAUAGGGAGCUCUGCAUCAGCAGAAGCCGCGCAUCAGAGUUUUUUUUAUUGAGAGAGACUGCCAGCCAAGGCUGGUGCUCGCAGUAUUACAAUACAAAUGUGGGGAAGAGUGCCGUAGCAUUACUAUUCCCGGUGACGAGGUCGCUGUGGACGGCCAACACGAUCAUAGAGUGACAAUCGUUCCGAUUGUGCUCUGAUCAAAGUCAAACCUUCGAGGGAAAACUGGUGCAACCACUAUUUGUGAGAGUGCCCCUUUAAAUCGCAACCCACAGGCGAAGUUUAAUUGAGGGUCGGAUCAGAGACUGACAUGGAACGAUAGAACUCGAUCUGUAGCGUGUGUUCUCUGCAACGCGAGUCAUACAGACAACUGGUUACAAACGCCAUGAGGGGAAAGGCCAAUCUAAAUUGGCCCUCCCCCCCACGGCACUGCCCACCACAGCGUUGCCAGCAC